ACAGAAGCAAAAUACAUGGGUAAAACCCAACCAUCAUCAUGGGUGCUGAAAGCCUGGGUGCCUUGGGUUGCUUCAGCAGCGCAGGACCAAGCUAGAUACAAGUGUCUUCCUUUGGCUCUCAUGAGAGGAGGGCCAAAAUGAUAUCGUGAUGUGGGCACUUCAAACAAGUAGCAAUUAAAAUAAAAGUUGGGAACCUGGACUUAAACCAGGAUGUCAUAGAGCUCCUCGGGGAAGGAAACUUCAGGAGCUUGGAAUUUAUAGUAAAGCAAUUAGACAUAAAGGAAUGAAAAUGCUGAGUAGCUGGCGUGAGCGUUUUUCCCUCCUGCCCGAGGUGAAGCCUAAAUAUUAGUAAAAAGUAACUAAAGAAAAGCAAGAACUAAGUUAAUUUUUAAUAAACUUAUGCUAGUCAUUAUAAACUCAACAUGUGUAGAAGGUGAUGGAUGCUUUCUUUAGUGAAGCUGAUGUGCCAAAUUACCAGAAGAUUCGGUAACUGGUGGUUUUAAGAGCUAGCCUCUUCCUCGUUCCCUUGGUUAGAGUAGUGUGGUGCUGGAGCCUCAUGGGUUCACUCUGUAGACUGUCGUCUUGCUGUACAAUUUGGUGGAGUACCGUCAUCACUGGUGCUAGCUUAGUUUCUGUCAGUUCAGGUGAGUCACCAAUAAUGAUUUACAAUAAAAUCUUGCCUUUCAAAUGUUAUGACUGGCUGGGGAAUAGAGAAGGCUGUCCAUGUACAGCGUAACUGUGCUGAGGGCAGGAGUUUCCUCUCAUCUUUGGAGAUCUAAAUGUGAGAGGCAGGGAGCUUACUACGUGGGUGAGUAGCUUGAAAUACCAAAUAUAUUUAUCUGUAUAAGUAGAGUGCUAGCUUUGCACUUUUUAAUUUUUAAGUUGCCAUUGGUAGAAUUCCUGUCAACUCUGUAUUGACCUAGAAAUCUAAGGUAACUAUUAAGGUUAAACAGUUUGUGUGGAGGUUAAACAGCUUGUGUUGUAAUAUUGACACCAAACUGUCCACUGAAGACUAGUGCCACAAGUAAAUCCUUUAAUUCUUUUGUUGGAAAAACUAGAUGAAAAACAUUCAGAGCAAACUGGGUGGUGCAUGCCUCUCGACUUUUAACUGUUAGUUGUAUUUCUGCUCCUCCUUCAAGUAACUGCAUAUGACAGCAGUGCAGUGGUUUUCUCCAGGUGCAGUGUGUAGCCUGUGGCCUUGACCAAAUGCAAUGCAUGUGGUCCCAGCAGCGCAAACGCUUGGCAGUGCUGCUGGCAUCCCCUGGCCUGUCCUGAGCCCGUGUGUGUUUAUUCACAGAUGCAGAUGUUCAGCUGACUCUCAUUUGCUUUCCCUGAAUUUCAGCUUGCAAAAUGUUUGCACGUUAGCACCUCUGUUCUGGGAGAAGUCCUGCUGAAGUUAAUGGAACUACCUGUUGCAGUAGUGUUGCUGGGAGAUAAUAGGAGGCGAAUCGCGUAUCCUUUCGGCAACCUUCUGUUAAACUUGGAAUACCACAGUUCAAGCAAUUGAACAGAUGGAUAAUGGAGACUGGGGAUAUAUGAUGACUGAUCCAGUCACGCUAAAUGUGGGUGGACACAUGUACACGACAUCCCUCACAACUCUAACGAGAUAUCCCGACUCAAUGCUUGGGGCCAUGUUCAGGGGAGACUUCCCCACUGCCAGGGACUCUCAGGGCAAUUACUUUAUUGACAGAGAUGGACCACUUUUCCGUUAUGUUCUUAACUUUUUAAGGACCUCAGAGCUCACUUUGCCACUGGACUUCAAGGAGUUUGACCUACUUCGGAAGGAAGCGGACUUCUAUCAGAUUGAACCGCUAAUUCAAUGUCUUAAUGACCCCAAGCCGCUGUAUCCCGUGGAUACCUUUGAGGAGGUGGUGGAGCUGUCCAGCACCCGGAAGCUUUCCAAGUACUCCAACCCGGUGGCUGUAAUCAUCACGCAGCUCACUAUCACGACAAAAGUCCAUUCGUUACUGGAGGGCAUUUCAAACCACUUCACAAAGUGGAAUAAGCAUAUGAUGGACACCAGGGACUGCCAGGUUUCCUUCACUUUUGGGCCAUGUGAUUACCACCAGGAAGUAUCACUCAGAGUCCAUCUGAUGGAGUACAUCACAAAGCAGGGCUUCACGAUCAGGAAUACCAGAGUUCAUCAUAUGAGCGAGCGUGCCAAUGAAAACACAGUGGAGCAUAACUGGACUUUCUGUAGACUGGCACGGAAAACAGAUGACUGAUUCUGACUCCGCAGGAGCCACUUCAGUGAUUAGCAACUUAACUGGACAGUAAACCCAGGAGAGUCUGGAUUUUGACUAAAGCAACAAUGUGGGCUUUUUUUAUAUGACUAUUUAUUGUUUAUCAGUAAGGACUGGAGGAGUUUCGUUCUCUAGCAGCUCUGUCCUUUUGUCCUGUUCAGAAAAAAACCGUGCAUGUGCCUGUUCAGUCAAGACACCUUUUUGUUUGAAAGAGGGAGUCCGAAGAGUUAGUACAAUAGGGUAUUUUGUGUCAUUAACACAAUUCUCUGACGCAACUUAAAGUGCUAAAAUUACCUCCGUUUAAAUGGUUUCUAAUCCAUCUAAUGCUACGACACUGGGAGCAAGAAACAAAAAGAAUUUAAAAUGCAGUUGGGAAAAAGCUGCUAUCAUGUAGACUAAUUUAGUUUCUAAAUCAAUAAACACUAUUGUAAUAUUCUAGGAAAACAAAUCCCACCCUUUAAAAGUACUUGAUAAGUACAGUUUCUUACAGUUAUGACAACUGUUUCUUUCUAUGCAUAUAAAUCAAGCAACCAAAUAUUAUCUGUAGCCAUGGAAAUAUGAUUAGAAAUAUUUAUAUUGGAUUCUAAAUGCAAAAUGUCCCUGUGGUAGAAUUCAUAUUUUUAAUGCCUGGUGCAAUAUUAUUCCCAAGUGUAAUGCCUGCCAGCAAGAAGCUAAUAAAAAUGUGAAAUACAGAA